UAUUUUUCUCUCUCUAAAAACUCUCUUUCUCUAUCUAUUCUUCUGCUCGGUUUGCCCAACCCCGCCUCUCCCACAAGGCCUCACUUACGCAAAGGCAAAGCUCUCUCUCGUCAAUUAACCGCGCAAAAGGUUUAUAAAGGAAACUCUGGUUUUCUUAGGUAUAAUUCCACAGAAAACGGUGAGAGGACUGGGUUUAUGGAAUUUAUUAUCUGAGCAAGGCCUAGGGUUUGUUCCAAGAUGGAUUCGAUGGUGGAAUUUGAAUCCAGCAAGGCGAGAUUUGAGGGUUUAGCGGCGGUCGGCGAAAAGAGAGUGGUGGAGAACGGGAAUGAUGGUGAAUCGGAUGUUCCAUUGCCAAAGAAGGCGAGAGUUGGUGGAGGAUUGGUUGGGGAUAUGAAGAAGGUGGCGGAGAUAGUGCUGGUGUUGGCGGCGAUGGGAAAUAUGAGGGCAGGGAGGAGUCCUACAGCGGCGGAGAAGGAGAUGAUGGAGGAGGCGAGGGGGAAGUUGGUGGAGGUGUGUCGAAUGUUUGCGCCAAAGGAUGUUUUCCCGAGGGAGGAAUUUGGGGGCAUAAUUGAGGAUCUAGGUCUCAACAAGUUGAAGGAACAGAGGCUGGCAUUUCUACCUCCCAAGAUGUCGAUUGCUGAGAAGUGUUCGAUUGCAAUGCAAAAGAUGGAAAAAUCUAAGGAAUUUUCUUUACAUUCUGCUGCAUAUUUAUCUCAGCGGUUACAAAUGAAAUCUAGUGUAGCGGCUGAAAGCCGUGGGAAAUCACAUACUGUUCGAAUGUCCUCAUCAGAGAAACAAAGUCAUGCAUCAAAUACUUCUGGAUCUCUCCAUCCUGCUUCACCUUUAGGUCAUGUUCCUGCAGCAAAUUCUACAUCUUUAACAUAUCAGUUGCCUGCCAGCCAAGUAAAAUCAUCCGUGGCAUCCGGUGGAUUGCCUUCCACUCAUAUAGGAAGGGAUUCUUCAUCCUCUUCAUCGUCAACAUUGCCUAGAGUUGACAGAGAACAUUUUAGAUUGGAUGGAAAAUCAAAUGGUUCUUAUACAUCGCCGGUUCAAGCAAAUACUUCAGGGGAUUAUCACACACAGGUGAAGGUGGCAGCAAAUGCUUCUGUUAAGGUUCAGGGAACUGCUGAUUCAAGUUUGACGCUGGUGGCCCCUCAAGUAAAAACAUCCAAAUCGCAUAUUACUCAAAAUGCAUCUGGAAAUCUGCCGACAAUACAUCAGCAUUUGCAGGGCAUGAACUUUGUUCAAGCUCCUUUACCCUACAACAGCCACAAUGAAAUUGGCAAAAUUGUUCAUAAUUUAUUACUAUCACAGAUUCUGAAGCAACCCACAUGGACUCCUCCUUCUAGGGAUUACAUGAACAAGGCUGUGACUUGCCAAAUGUGCAAGCUUACCAUUAAUGAGGUGGAGAGCGUACUUGUUUGCGAUGCUUGUGAGAAAGGAUUUCAUCUCAAAUGUCUUCAGUCUCACAAUCAAAAAGGAAUCCCUAAAGGAGAGUGGCACUGCCAGAACUGUUUGACGUUAAGCAGUGGGAAACCUUUGCCCCCUAAAUAUGGCCGUGUCACAAGAAAUAUAAGUGCACCAAAAGUUUCUUCUAACACACCUGCUGUGCAGUCAUUUCCAGAUAAUAAAAUGGGAACUUUAGGUGAGAAGAUCUAUCAGCAAGAUAAAACAGCAAAUGGAAAUUCUGGUUUACAAAGUGCUCCCAGUGGUAAUGUUCGUAAUAACCAUAAGCAUUCAACAACUGGUUCAAAUAUGCCAAAUGCAAGAGAAAUGCAAGGGAAUGAUAUUUCAUCAAGUAGAGAAAAAAUUGAUGACAAACCUUGUUCAGGAACAUGUCGAAAUGAUGUAAUAAAGACCUCGGAGGCUGCUUUUGUUUCUCCCGCUGGCUCCUCACAUGAAAGAUCAAUAGAAGGGAAAUUGGUUUCUGAAGCAAACAUACAACCUCCAUUAACAUCACCUGACACAGUUACCAAUACACUAGAUCACUCACCAGCUUCUCACAACCUCCGAGAUAAUUAUCAAGCAGGGGGGCCAGACGGUGCUGAAAUUUCAUCAGACCAAUGUCAAGAAAACAACAUUAUGGUUAAAGAUUUGGAGAGAUCUUAUAGUAGAGAAACUCUUCACUGCACUUCAAAUCGUGAAAUUAAGCAAGAUGAGCAUGGAGUUGGACAAGUUAAUUCUAUUGAAACUUCAGGAUCCAGUAAUGGGGCUCGAGAGCCUAGGUCAUCAGACGACUUGCAUGUUGUUGAGUGGGUUGGUGAUGUCCUUCAAGUUAUGGAUGGGAAGACAUACUACCAGUCAUGUUGCAUCGAUGGCACUGUGUAUAAAGUGCAUGAUCAUGCUCUUUUUCGUUCUAACAAUGACAAAUUGUUGCCUUCUAAGAUUCAGGCCAUGUGGGAGGAUGGCACAACUAGAUCAAAAUGGGUUAUUGUCAAUCAGUGCUACUUUCCUGGUGAUUUGCCAGAAGUUGUUGGCUGCCCCUGUGCCCCGGAAAGCAAUGAGGUCUACGAGUCUAAUCAUCCUUGCACCAUAAUGGCGGACUUGAUUCAAGGCCAAUGUGAAGUUCUUCCACUACGCAAGUUUGUCAAAGAAAAUGAGAGGCGAACUCGAUUUAGGACGGGGCCAAAUGAUGGUUUACGACCACUUUUCUUAUGCAAAUGGUUUUAUGAUGAAUCAAAAGGGCUAUUUCGAGACACUUCAAGUUAGUUGCUAUUAGACGUAUAUUUUAAGGUUGCUAAUUGUGGGGGAACCUUGGACAGCUGAUCAAAGGAUUUCCAAAUGCUCAUUUCGUGUACAUUAUAUAGCUUUAGCCGUGUCUGUAUCAUCUACCUAGUAGAGUAGCUCACAAUGAAUCUUAUCAUACCCUUUUUUGCUCCUAGGGCUUGUUGCAUUAUUGUGCCGCCCAGUAAAAUAUGAAGGCAUGUCUUCUGGUCAGAUAUUGUUGAAAUUAAAAGAAGAAAAAAAGGUUCAAUCUGUACAUCAUUGUGUGUUAUUGUGUGCUCUCCUGCUUCAUGGAAUGAAUAGAGAACAGUAAAUGCAGUCUUAUGGGUCAUGGAAGUCUCAAGGGUCCUCCAUACAGAUUUAAAAGUGGAUGAGAUAGUCCUAUUUUACUUUUGUACUCUUUCUUACGCCCAUUUGGUUUCUCAAAAGUGAGUUGUAGAAGUUUCAUUGAUGACUGUGGAGUGUGUGAAAGCGCUGUUGGAAACUGUUAGUUGGGUGAUUUUAGACUAGAAGACAGUAACAUCAAUGUAAUAAGUUGUACUUCAUAUAUAUAUAUGUAUAUAUAUUAAAAAGAUUAUUUGCUAAAGUUUUUCAAA